ACGUCGGCAGCGAGCGCAGCCUCGCGGGCUUGUCCUAAACAUCUGGUACAGGCUGGGGAGGGCUUUGUUGCGCUGGAGGGGCUCUGGCCACUCGCAACCUCUGAAUGGCACCGGGAAGAGGAGAGGCGCGAGUAGCAGUUUAGGGGAUGUUGCAGCAGAUUUCUGCAAUGAGUGGAGGAUUGGGCUAGAAGACCUCCAGUGCUCCUUCCAACUCUGUGAUUCUACAUUCCCAGAGUGACAGACAGGUUCCACUGUGAUAGGAGAGCGAUUCAAACGUAGACCAUGCCUGUCCCCCCUCCUCCGGCUCCUCCGCCUCCCCCAACAUUUGCUCAGGCAAAUUUAGAGAAGCCUUCCUUAAAUAGAUCAGAGCAAGCAGGGCGAAAUGCUCUACUCUCUGAUAUUUCCAAAGGAAAAAAACUGAAGAAGGCGGUUACCAAUGACAGAAGUGCCCCAGUUAUUGAAAAACCUAAAGGAUCUGGUGGAGGUGGAGGUGGAGGUGGAGGUGGCAGCAGUGGCUUCAGUGGUGGCGGUGGCAGCAGUGGUAACUAUGGUGGAGGUGGUCCACCCGGGUUAGGAGGCCUGUUCCAAUCCGGAAUGCCAAAACUUAGAUCUGCAAACAGAGAUAAUGAUUCGUCAGGAAGCAGGGCCCUGGUAUUUCCACCAGGAGGAAGAGCAACGUCUGCAAAGCCCUUUUCACCCAUGGGAGGUGUAGGGAGAUUUCCAGGAUCUUUUCCUGGACAAAGAACUGCAGCUCCAGAACCGCAGAGAAGCAGAAUGCCACCCCCAAGACCUGAUACUGGUUCUAAGCCUGAAACAGGCCUUCCUCCUGUGCCAAAUACUCCAAGACCCAACCCUUCAAGUCUUUCAAAUUUGUACAAUAGAGGACCGCCUCCUGUGCCAGCAGCAAGCAGACAAGUCAGCUUGGGGAUUACACCUCCACCUUUCCCAGGAAACAGAAAUGCAGGAUUUGGAGGACCCAUUCGCCAAUCAUCACCCGGCAGUUCUCCUUUCUCAAACAGGCCUCCUCUUCCUCCUACACCAAGCAGGUCAACAGAAGAUAAGCCGCCUCCACCACCACCUCCAACAGGAAACAGGCCACCCCUCAACAGGGAGCCUUCCCUGCCACUUCCUCCACCUCAAAACAACAAGCCUCCUAUUCCUUCCACGCCUCGGCCAUCUUCACAAGUUCCUCCUCCCCCUCCUCCAAGUAGGCCAGGCCCACCACUGGUUCCGCCAACAUCCAGUGGAAAUGGUGAAAUGCCACGGCUUCCCCAAAGGAAUGUAUCACUGGCCUCUUCUCCACCAGUCUUGCCUGGCUCUGGUCGUUCUGGACCACUUCCUCCCCCACCUAAUGAGAGGCCACCACCUCCUGUAAGAGAUCCACCUAGCAGAUCAGGACCCCUUCCACCCCCACCCCCAAUAAGCAGAAAUGGCAGCACUUCACGGGCAUUGCCAGCUACUCCACAGCUUCCUUCCAGAGUGGGAUUUGAUAAACACAGAAGUGGACCAGUGCCACCACUUCCUCCUGAGAGACCUGGUUCUGGAGCACCACCUCCACCUCCUCCACCCUCAUCAGCCAUCCGAAAUGGCUUCCAGGAUUCUUCAUGUGAUGAUGAAUGGGAAAAUAGGUUUUCAUUCCAUCCUCUCUCUGACUUGCCGCCUCCAGAGCCAUUUGUGCCCAUGAACAAAAGCUACCCCAGCAAACUGGCACGGAAUGAUAAUAGAAGUGGAUCUAACCGCAGAGAACGAGGUGUGCCUCCACUUCCCCCUAUUCCGAGGUGAAGCGGGCUUCUAGUCCUCUUGAGGGUGGUUGAUGUCCUGAAACUUUUCCUGAACCUCUCCUAGCCUUCCUUGUUGUGAGAAGGCUGCCUCUCCUACAGCAUUCUUUCUUUUGGAUAUGCAUCCCACCCCAGUACCAUGAAUUCUAUGAGACUGAAGUGCUUGCUUUGGAUUUCCAUUUUCGUUUAUAAAAGAUAGAUGCAUAGGCUAUAAUUCUAACCUUUUUAAAAAAAAACUUGGGAGUAAGUUACUUUGAAAUCAUUGAGGUGCUUAGGAUCAGAUUGGGGUAUAUUAUGGCUUUAUCUAUCGCACUCCAAGUCCAAUCCCAUUCAUAGUCUUGUCUUCAGUAUCAAUAAGAACAAAGCCAUCAGCUAAUUUCUUAAUGCAGGGGCAGAAACAUUUCACAUUGCUUUAUCGUCUUUAUCGCAUUUGACCUAAACUUGAUUUAACUUCCUUGGGUACAUCUUCCGCAGGAGACACUCAUGAGCAUUGCUAUACAGGCUAAAUAUGGCUCCUUACAAUCUGGAAUUGUACAGCCUGUGUGAGCUUGUGGGUCAAAUGGAUCUGACCAGUUUGGAAUACCAUAAGGCACAAGAGUUAAUACAUUCCAUCUCAAGGAAAGAGGAGGAGAUAAUUGUGUGGCCUUAUUCCCUCAGGCAAUCUACCAAAUUUCAAAUUCCUGUUAGCCCUUCAAAGACCAAAGGAAGUGUUGCUAUAAUAUUGGUAGCAGCUUUCACAAGCCCUCAGAAAAUUCCUGUAUCCUGAUUCAGAUGGGGCUCUCUGUGCACAGGCUUCUGAGUACCAAAUCUAGCAGGUUGUGGGGCUGUGUGUGCAACUGAACUGUGUGCACAAGUCCCCUCUCUGAUCCAGAGGAACCAUGACUGUAUAUGUGGAACUAUUGAAAAGCUAUUAUCCUGCUGAUCACCAGUCCAGGAGGAGGAUCUGGGGACUGAAUGAAAUUGAAACAGCUGGAUUGGUGGAUUUUAUUUCUGCAUGCACUCCAUUGGACUGGGGUGCCAGAAAACACCAUAUCAUAAUGACUUCUUUGAAGUCAAACCUUCAUUUUUUAAACAGUAUUGCUAUUGGACAUUUUUGCUGAGUUGUGUGUCACCCUACAAUUCUCAAUCAUUCUCUAAAGUGGAUUAUUAUAGAGUUUUCUACUGCUGAAUUACACCUGGGGUAAAAUUAUGCACAUUAUUAUCCCAUCUUGCUUAUAAGACUCUCUACAGCUUUUCUGUUAACAUCUCUACCCCGCGAUUCAAUUUUUUCUUUUCAUACAGUUGAACCUGUUGCUUUAUUUUAUUUUAACUCUGAAAGCUUGUUGGUUUGGCUCUUGGGUGCUCAAGAUGCUACUUUUAUGUGGCAGCUGUUCAUCAAGAAUCCAGAUACAAGCAGGAAGUGUCUGAUGGCAGGGCACUUUCCCCUAACUGUUACAAGCCCUCACUUGUUUUUUCUUUGGGUGCAAAACAGUUGAAUGGAUUUAUGUUCUGACUUUGCCACAAAGUGUAAUUGCUUUCACAGGAUUUUCCUCCCGCUAAAAAGGGAGAAUAUUUCUGGAUUUUACUUCUGGUGCGGGGAAAAGAGAGAGAAUGGUGUGUGUUUUUGAAUUGUUGACAGCUUUUCAGUUUUACAACCAGUGUUCAGUUAAUUUUAUUCACAGAUGUAUGGUAAGGAAAGGUGGCAUGGUUAGGAGGACGACUGUUCUACAUUAGAAUGUGCCCGGGAUGUAAGCUCUGAAGAUUACUCUUGAUGAUCAUCUCCUCUGUAUUUUCUUCCUCUGUUGGUGUGCAAAUUGGAGACAACAGGAUGCCUUUUCUGAUGCUAUCAUGGAGGGAGGAACCAGUGGAUGGUUGAAGAAUCCAGCUGUGUAAUAUAGUGUUAUAGUUUCUGAAAUGGAGUUGUAAAGGGACAGGUAGAGCAAGAUAUCUUUAGAGAUACAUGUGCAAAAGUAUAUGUCUCUGGGAAAACUCUGGACAGGAAUUCAAAACUAUAAAGUUGCUCUAUGUGAGUAGCCUUUUCAGCCAAGAUUGUACCUUGAUAUAGGUGCAAGACUGUUUGAAUUUCCAUUGAUUGAUACAAAGCAUGUAGGAGCUUGGUAUGUAGAGAAGGUGAGAGAAAACAUAGCUUUGCAAUUUCAUUAUGUGUGUAUACACAAAUGUAUGUAUGAUGAUGUUUUGUGACUUUUUAACUAAAAAAAAAAGUUAAAUAUUUGAACAAAUAAAAUAUUUGUUCAGUAUCUGAGGGCUUUAGUGCUAAGAGGCAUUCCAUGCACCCUCUCUUGUGGUAGAAUUACAGAUGAAAACAUUCAGGGAUCAGUGAUUCCACCCACACAGAUUUUGCUGCAAAAUCAGGCUUUGUUUUGCUUUUGUUUUGUACAGACACUUGUAUAGUAAUGUAUAGCAACACCUCUCAGGAUCACGUGUAGUCAACAAUAAUGGAUUUUUCAGUGAACGAUUGCCCUUUUCCUAUGUACUUAAUGACUCUAACAUAUGCAGUAUUAAUAGUCCCAGUUUCAUUCCAAACACCCACACAUGUUGUUUAUAUAACUUGGUAAGAUGUAAAAGAGAAAUUAUUACUCUAUAUGUUGUUGAAACUGGGACAUUUAAACUUUCUGAAAAACAAAUGAAGAACAAGUCAUUAUUCAGUGGCAAUUGUUUAAAAAUGGCUUCAGAUCAGUUGUUUUGUGUAAGUUGCUUAUGAGCAAACUCCCCUUUUAAAUAUAUCAAUGAAGAUGGCAGAGAAGAAUCCCGAGUCCAUUGUAAUUGGCAGGGGCAUCAUUAGGGGAUGUCUCAUGGGGCAUGGACCCCCCAAUGAAUUGCUCAGAGCUCCAAAUCCCAGCAGCCACCUCCCUCUUCCAUUACCUCUUCCAAAAGGGAAAUGCAGCAGUGGAGGCACCUGCACAGAGCAUGGGAGAGAACUCCUAGCCACACCUGGAUCUGUGUUUCCUCCACCUUCAUAGGUGCUAUAUUAUAAUAUUAGAGACUUAAAGAUGCAUACAUAAUUAUCCGGGGUAGGGGUAUGAUUGAGUUUAAUUAUCAAAAGGAGGGCUGUAGGCCUGGGCCCUGAAUCUUUUAAGUACCUAGCAAUGCCCCUGGUAAUUGGUGGUAGUGAUUCCAUUGGCAUCCUAUAUUAGGAUCUUGGUUAUGCACUAUUAAUUUAGAGCUAAAAAUGCCAGACGCUCCUAAACAAGUCAAGGGGUCUCUCAUUGCAUUGUUCACUUGCUCAUUGUUGCCAAUAAAUUAGCCCCUGAAUGAAUGAAGUUAUGCAGCAGUGUUCUGCAACCCAUUGGCCUAGAUCAUUUACACAGAAAAUGGAACAGGCAAGUAUGAAGAGCCAAGUGUGAAAAAGGGUUUACAAAGAAUGAAAUGGGAAAACAUGCACAGUUAAAACUUGUAGGAGCUUUCCUAAACGGCGAGUGAAUGCAGCUUCACUACAGUUAUGCUGGGUGGGGGUGGAAUUCAUACAAGGGAACCAUUUACAGUGAGGUCAGGAUGGCGACAGAAGGCGCCAUUCAUACAGCCAAUGGUAUUAUCCAGCUUUGCUCCUGAUGAUUUGCAGUUACUGCACACUAUAUGCAUCCUUUAAAAGUAGCACUUUGGUGCAGUGCUCAAAGUGGCCUAAUUUUAGGCACUUCCUGCUUCAGUAAAGCUGCCGUCCAGGAAAGCUCCAGGUGUUUUGUGACUUCCAUUCCUGUGAUCUUCAGAAACUGCAAUGCAACUUUAUACUUGACUGUAUUAAUUGACUGUACUAUUGGCAAUUUAAUUCCAGUGCAAUAUUAUCUAAAAUUCUUAACCAAAGCCUUAGCAUUUAGAAUGUAAUGUGGCCUUCAGAGAAUGAAGCAAAGAAAGAAAGCUUCUCUCUUCCUCAGAGGAUAAUGUUUUAGCACUUUUUCUCUCCUAUAGGAAUCUUCUUCCAAAUGUAUAUGUUAAAUGCUGUCAGAAAAUGUUUCAAAGGAGAAAAGAAAAUAGGACUUACUUGUUCUGGGCAGUGUAAAGCAUGACUUUCUCUCUCUUUCACCAGGAAUAUUAACAACAUGUUUAUGUUCAGCAUAUUUUAUGAUGGAUAUUUUAGAACCAGUAUUUAUUUGACUAUGCACAAUAUUUAGCAGCAGAAAGCAAAAUGGAUUAUUUCCAGUGGUGCCUUACUGUUUUUUAAAAAGCCCCCUUUUACAUGUCCAAAUGGCUAUUGUCUUUUAAAAUUAAAAAUACCUGUUACAUGAUUCCCCAUCACCCCCACAGCCCAGAAUUUCAAAAUGCUGUAUAAAACAGUUCUUGCUGUAUGAUGAUGUGGCAUUUGGGCCUUGCCAAAGAGCAAAAACACCCUCAGUCCAUUUACUAACUUUCCAAUCCUUAAACGCUGCAUUCUGUCUGAUCAAUUAGAUGGGCUCCAGGGCACAUGAUACAGUCACCUUGCUGAAGCUAAGCAGUGCCUGGAUGUGAGAUUAUUUGGAAUCCUCAUGAUGCCACUUUGAGUUACAUGAUGGAAGAAGGCAGGCUAUGAAUAGAAUAAAUGGAGGCCAGCAUCCUUAACACUCUGCUUGCACAAGGAUGUUAUGCUAGCACAAGGCUCUUGCAUUAACUACUUGUACUAAAUCUGGAGUUUGCAUUCCAGUCAGACCAGGGUUGCCCUAACGCAAACGUGUUUGCGCUUUAGCAACAAGAUGUGCAGCCUGUUGCACGUAUUGUCAUCGUCUUUUUUAAGGGAACCUUUGUGCAAGAACACAAUUCCAAAAAUCUCUUUUGAUUUAGCACAACUAGGUUAUCUUCUCAGCACAACUCUCCUCAUUGCACAAGCACAGCGUUAUAAUGUUGGCCGAAAUGUCCAAAUGAGUUUAGGACUGAGGUCUUUAAAGAGAAGUUUAAAACCAUACUAGAUUAUGCUUUUCUUGUGUUUUUUAAUCUCUGUGACUGAAGUUGAUUUGAACUUUGAGGGCAAUCAUUUCCAAUAUCUAAUGCAUCAAAAACUGUUUUUUCAAAGGUUGCACCUGUGUAUUUAGAGUACAAAAUAUGUAAAUAUGUUUUAUUUGAUCAUGUCUUUGGGUAAUUAACAUGCACACCCUUAAUUAUCUGUAAAAUUAUCAUCAUGACUCCAAUUGUGAGAAAAGAGAUGACAAAUUAAACUCAUGUCUGUCCAAAGCAACAAUAAAAACAACAUGGGAGCAAAUGUUUGUCAGAUGGAAGCUGGAUUUGCAUUUUAAAAAUAUAUAACAUGAAUAGAUGACGCACA